AUGGGCUUCUCAGAAGUUUUGCGUUACCUUUCACGGUUGUAUCGCAGAAGCUCCAAAAAUAAUCGAUCGAAUAUUACUGCUCCAUCCGUACAAACAAAACCUCCUCCUACCAAUGAUCCAAAACAUACGCAAACAUGUCCUUUCGUCACCGCCAUUGAACCGAGGCAGGAGGACCGGAAGGUAGCAGACAACCACAUACCUAGGAUCCCAUCAAAUCAACAGAUAGAUGGGAUUCAACCAAGCCAAGCUCUGGUCGAAUCUCGCCAGGUUGUUCGGGAAUGUAAAUUCCCCAUCGAGGCUGUUAAAAAGGCUAGGACACCGCCAAAAUCACAUUUUGAAAACCUCCAGAUUGAAAAAUCGAGUGGUCGUAUCCGAGGCUCGCCCGUCUGUAAAUCUCGAGUUUCAGACCAUAGCGAAGACAAGAUCUUAUCGGACGGGCUGAGGGGCGCUAUUGGAGAUGAAAAUCAUCAGGGCACUGCAGGUCCAGCUCUAAGUAAGGAUGAUUGUGUUGAAUCUAACCCUCGACGUAACUCUAGCAAGUCAAAGAGACAAUUCAGCAAUCAGACGCUGUUGUCGGAUGAAUCUUCCGACACUGUCCAGCGUAAUCCGUCGAAACGUUGCCGAAGUCCAAUUGCAACCAUGGACUCUAAGAUUCUAUCCGAGAACAACAGCCAAUUCUCAGAUAUCCAAUCCAUACGGAGGUCCUACAUGAUCAGUUCGGACGACAUAUUAAAACCUAGUGGGCUGUUCGCAUUUUCAGAGCGUGACCCAAACUCUUGCUCAUGUAACGAAUCGCAUCGUUCAUGCGAUGGGAGUGCACAGUCGACCCCGGAAGAAGCAGCGGGCUCGCCCAGCCGUUCUGGUUCUUUUCUCGAUCGUAUUCGCAGCGUCAAGUCAAAUUUGGGUCUCAACCGCAACAACAGUGGUAGGAGAGCAUUGCGUCGUAUCCAAACCUUUGCCAACCUACCAGUACAAUACCAUAUCGGCGAAUUGAGGGGUAAAGGAUUGCAAGAUCUAGCCCGCCUUGGAGGGUUGAGUUAUUUGAAUUUGCCGGAGGGGUAUGGCCCUCGUAACCUAGCAUUGCCAACAUGUUUCGCUUCAACAAUGGGUUACCUUCUAGAAAAUGGCAUCGGUGUUUAUGAUCUACAUGACUUUCAUAACAAUAACGAUAUUGUUUUAUCGCUAUAUAGUAAAUACGCCAACCAGGUGCUCUCUGCUGCUCUGAAAACAGAUACAAUUGACAAAACUACGAGAGCAGUCAGACCGCCAACUGCGUUCGUUCCACAACUUGGUAAUCCCUCUGGAAGAAACACGGACUUUAUUCAUGAUGUUUCCAUGGUAUUCAGACACUUAUUGUGGGGUAUACCUGGUGGCAUUCUGGGAUCCGUAUACUUAGGUGAAGUAUUACAACGAAUUCAACAACACGAAUUUAAGACGUCCUUAGUGAUUAAAGAUCCAUACCGAAGCGAGUAUCGCCUCGAUCUUCCGCUUCCUACCGCUGCCAAAAUCCGGUUAAUCGCGCUUGCCCUCGCUGGCUUGACGAAUGACUUGCAGUUAGACCUUAUAUGUGCUGUCUUCGGCCUCCUUUCGUUUACAGUUGACGAAAAUGCCAAAAUAUGCAAUGCACCCGAUUAUAAAAACAAUAGCUGCUCCAUACUUCCAGAUUCCCAGUCGUUGGAUAGGAUUUUCAGGUCUGGUGAAAAUGAUCAUUGA